UCACUGCUGGGCACUGACUGGCGGCACUGACUGGCACAACCGCUGACUGGGCACUGACUGGCAGCACUGCUGGGCUGCAGCACUGAUGGGUGGCACUGGUGGGGUGGCACUGGUGGGCACAGGUGGGUGGAACUGGUGGGCACAGGUGGGUGGCACUGGUGGGCACAGGUGGGUGGCACUGCUGGGCACAGGUGGGUGGAAACAGGUGGGUGGCACUGCUGGGCACAGGUGGGCGCACUGCUGGGCACAGGUGGGCGGAACUUGUGUGUGGCACUGCUGGGCACCGAUCAUUAGGGCACUGAUGAUCAGUGAUCCUGAUGAUUGGUGCCGAUCCCCGCUCUGACAACUGCCGUUUUUCGGCAGCACAUUCCCCACGCUCUGACAGCGUGAGGAAAGUGCAGCCGAGAACCGGCAUUUGCAU